UUGCCUGGAAGUGACCCCGUCAGGUGACGCAGCUCGACUCGGUCGGGGUAUAAGGCAGCGAUGUCCCUGGGGGGCGCCACAGCCUCCACGCGGUUUGAGGUUCGGCGACACGAGACUCCUGCGCUUGCCACCACGGACAUCAAACACCGAGAAAAACAUCCUCCCGUGUGCCCCGACUGGACCGACUGGACGACCGAGUGAACUCCAAUGAUGGCGUCCAGCAUUGAACUCGAUCGGUUCUACAGCGAAGAGGUUGAGUUUCCACCUGGGCUGCUCGCUUCCCACAUCGACACUGCUGAGCGCGAGGUUCGUACACUCCUGGAGGGGAUGAGAAGCCUUCUGCGGCCAAACAUAGAUCCCUCGAUUCAAUAUGACAUCGUUCAAACCGGCAGCUCGUACGAAGGACUCAAGGUGAAGGGGGAUAUGGAGCUGGAUUUUAUGAUCGUUCUCUGUCACCCGGAAUUCAAGUUUAUCCCCAUCACCUCAGAUUACAGUGGCUAUCGUAAAAUAAAAGCUGAGCAGCGACAACCACAAUUCCAACUGCAAGCUACAAGUUGGAAAUCAUCAAGUCCCCCUCACUCAUUUCAAAAUGACUUUACCAGCAAUGGAUACCUGUUACCAUCAAAAAUCUAUCAGUGGUUUCAGUCAUUAGCAGACAGAGCAGUCAAUGAAAACAAGUCUAAAUUUGUUACAAAGUUUGUAGGCAACUUGCCAGCCCGUACGCUCAUUUUAAAUAUUUGGCCCGAUGUUGAAAUCUGCGUGGACCUCGUCCCAGCGAUCUACAUUGGCAGAGACCUCUUCGUGGUGGCCAAACCCUUGAAGACAUCCCCAGACCCAGAUCUCUGGAGGCUGUCGUUCUCCGUCUUCGAGAAAAACAUCCUCAGCCGGCUUCCAAGCUCCUCCUGCCACCUGAAGGCCCUGAAGAUCCUCAAGUACCUGCGGGAGCACGACACUCGGCUGGAGGAGACGUCUCAGUUCGCGAGUGGACUCUGCUCGUACCACCUGAAGACGGCCUCCCUCCACCUGCUCGCGCGUCCAGCGCAGCCGCCGGACACCCCGGAGGGCCUGCACGAGCACCUGCACCAGCUGAUGGACUUCCUCAUUGAGUGCAUGCAGAGAAGGGAACUCAACCACUUCUUUAUGGGGAAUCCAUCGAGCCUGGCGAGGAACGCGCAAGUGCCCAGCAACAUUACCGACUGGGAGUGCCGCCUCAAUCUCUUCGGUGACACCGUUAUGAAUGAGUGCACCCUGAGCCAGGCGAGGGAGAGACUCAACAGGAUUAAACGAUCUCUGCCUGCCGUAAUCCAACAGCAUUCUGGCCCCGGCACCAGAAUUCUGGCACCAGGGCCUUCGCCGGGAUAUCACGAUAUCGCGAUAUCGCGUUACGGCGAUAUCGUAUCGCGGCGACCGCCGUCGUUUCAAAACCAGGCAAAUGUCCGCGGUCCCCUGAGCCUCCACAUCCCGCCCCCUCAUCCCCUCCAGCUGGGCAAUCUGGAACGGUUCGGCCAAUCAGAGGCUAGGACUUUGAUGACGUCACAGAAAGUCGCCGUGGUAACCAGGGACCCCCUGCGCGGGAAAUUUGCUGCCGCGUCAGAAGGAGACGCCGGCGGCUGCCCUUGGCUGUACUUAGGCUGCUGUUGUUGUUUGGUUGUUGUUUGUUGUUGUUUGUUUGGUUGUUGUUAUUAUUUUGGUUUAAGCCGGAUUCUGUCAGCCGCUGCUUCUGUCCGCAUUGCGGGGGCCACUUUUUGCGAUCAAAAUCGAGGGAGAUCUCUACGCGGUGGCCAAACCCUUGAAGACAUCCGCAGACCUGCACCUCUGGAGGCUGUCGUUCUCUGUCUUCGAGAAAAAAAUCCUCAGCCGGCUUCCAAGCUCCUCCUGCCACCUGAAGGCCCUGAAGAUCUUCAAGUACCUGCGGGAGCACGACACUCGACUGGAGGAGACGUCUCAGUUCGCGAGUGGACUCUGCUCGUACCACCUGAAGACGGCCUCCCUCCACCUGCUCGCGCGUCCAGCGCAGCCGCCGGACACGCCGGAGGGCCUGCACGAGCACCUGCACCAGCUGAUGGACUUCCUCAUUGAGUGCAUGCAGGGAAAGGAACUCAACCACUUCUUUAUGGGGAAUCCAUCGAGCCUGGCGAGGGACGCAAAAGCGCCCAGCAGCAUUACCCACAGAGAGUUCCGCCUCAAUCUCUUCAGUGGUAAAUUCGUGAAUGAGAGCACCCUGAGCCAGGCGAGGGAGAGACUCGUCAGGAUUAAACACUCUCUCCCUGCCGUAAUCCAACAGCAUUAUGACCCCGGUGCUAAUAGCUGCAAUAUUUCAUAAGAGCUCCUGCACCGCUUACAAUUGAAGACGUUUGAGGCAUUUUUCACGGCCAAUAUUUAAAUUCACAAUUGUCGGGUUAAGGCCGCGUGAUAAUUUCGCCCGAAUGUUGCGUCGUCGAAAAGCCUCAACCACCCGACGAAGCCAAAUUCAAUUGUCCCGUUUGCGUACGAGCGUUUAAACUACGCGGUUGAUGUAGAGGGCGAUCAUCACAAACGAAAUGUGUGAGCGAUUAGAUACGAGGAGGCGUUUAGAUUGGUACCGUGCCAAGGGGUCUCCAGGACAAGAUCCAUCAAGGUUAGAAUUUUUUUGUAAAAAUGCAGUCGCUCUCAAAUGAAGCGUCACGUCUACCCGGUUGUACUGACAUGCAUCCAGUGUAUGUAAAUUCGCUUGUAACGCAACUUAUAAACGAGUGCACACAUUUUAUAUUUACGUUGUAUUAAAUGUACUCGGUGAUCACCGUA